UGAUAUCGAUACCUCCACCCCCACGCGUGGCUGUUCUGGAAUAAAUAAAAAAAAGAUCUCUAUCUUUGGAUUAUCGGAAAAUAAAAUCUAAUUCUUUAUUUUUAUUUCUUUUUUCUUUCCGUUGUAUUUGUUCUACUGGAGAAGGAAAGGGGGAGCUCUUUUCCGCUUUUCCACCCUCACCAUCUUUUUUUCUUCCCCUCCCUGCGCUCGCUCGCUCUCUUGUGCUCUGUCAGUGCGGCAGGGCCCUGUCUUUUCUCUGUGUGACUCAAAGAACCGGCUUCCUGUGUUUAUCAUUCUCUUAGUGCUCCGACAGAACGACAGAAAGAGAGAGAUAGCGAGAGGAGAUCGGAGGUCUGGGAGCUUUUUGCCAGCCUGCCACCUCAACAUGGUAUAGCUACGAGUCCUCCUCGACAAGGCUACAGCAAAAGGGAGAACACAAAGAGAAAUCCGCCUCCAACGUUUCGUACUAAAAUACAAAAAUAAUCACUUCACCAAUGAAGAGAGUCGGCGUGGCACAUAUACAAGCAUCGUGAAGGAUAGAAGGAUAUAUAUCGCAAUUUCUAUUUAUUAUUUAAAAGAUGGCGAAUGACUCUCCGGCUAAAAGUCUGGUGGAUAUAGACCUUGCCUCUUUGCGGGAUCCUGCAGGGAUAUUUGAAUUGGUGGAAGUGGUCGGAAAUGGCACAUACGGACAAGUAUAUAAGGGGCGACAUGUCAAAACCGGGCAGCUGGCCGCCAUCAAGGUCAUGGAUGUCACAGAGGAUGAAGAGGAGGAAAUUAAAUUGGAGAUUAAUAUGCUGAAGAAGUAUUCACAUCACAGAAACAUUGCUACAUACUACGGUGCUUUCAUCAAGAAGAGCCCCCCAGGACACGAUGACCAGCUAUGGUUGGUGAUGGAGUUCUGUGGAGCUGGUUCCAUCACAGAUCUGGUGAAGAACACUAAGGGGAACACGCUGAAGGAGGACUGGAUCGCCUACAUCUCUAGAGAGAUCCUGCGUGGGCUGGCCCACCUGCACGCUCACCAUGUCAUCCACCGAGACAUCAAGGGUCAAAACGUGUUGCUGACCGAGAAUGCCGAGGUCAAGCUGGUGGACUUUGGCGUGAGUGCGCAGCUAGACAGGACGGUGGGCAGGAGGAACACCUUCAUCGGCACACCCUACUGGAUGGCCCCCGAGGUCAUCGCCUGUGAUGAGAACCCAGACGCCACAUAUGACUAUCGAAGUGACUUGUGGUCGUGUGGAAUUACAGCCAUUGAAAUGGCGGAGGGAGCUCCACCUCUCUGUGACAUGCACCCAAUGAGAGCCCUUUUCCUCAUUCCCAGAAACCCUCCACCAAGACUCAAGUCUAAGAAGUGGUCCAAGAAGUUCUUCAGCUUCAUUGAGGGCUGCCUGGUGAAAAAUUACACCCAGCGCCCCCCCACAGAACAGCUGCUGAAGCACCCCUUCAUCCGGGACCAGCCCAACGAGAGACAGGUUCGCAUCCAGCUCAAGGACCACAUUGAUCGCACCCGCAAGAAGAGAGGGGAGAAAGAUGAGACAGAAUAUGAGUACAGUGGGAGUGAGGAAGAGGAGGAGGAGGCCCCUGAGCAGGAGGGGGAGCCCAGCUCCAUCGUGAACGUCCCGGGGGAGUCCACCCUGCGCAGAGACUUCAUCCGCCUGCAGCAGGAGAACAAGGAGCGGUCGGAGGCGCUGCGCCGACAGCAGCUCCUGCAGGAGCAGCAGCUCCGCGAGCAGGAGGAGUACAAGCGCCAGCUGCUGGCUGAGAGGCAGAAGCGCAUUGAGCAGCAGAAGGAGCAGCGGCGGCGGCUGGAGGAGCAACAGCGGCGUGAGCGUGAGGUGAGGCGGCAGCAGGAGAGGGAGCAGCGGAGGAGGGAGCAGGAGGAGAAGAGGCGCAUGGAGGAGAUGGAGCGCAGGCGCAAGGAGGAGGAGGAGCGCAGGAGGGCCGAGGAGGAGAAGAGGAGAUCUGACCGCGAGCAGGAGUAUAUUCGUCGGCAGCUGGAGGAGGAACAGAGGCAUCUGGAGAUCCUGCAGCAGCAACUGCUCCAUGAACAGGCCAUGCUACUGGCUGAUGAAAGAUUUCGGAAAAAUAUUCAGGGCUCGCCUCAGGCAGUGCAAUCCAAACAACCCCCUGUGCCCUCUCGCUCCGAAACCUUCUCAAAUGGGAACGCUGAAUCUGGCCCAGCCGGGCACAGGCCCAUGGAACCACAGGUUCCAGUGAGGACGACGUCCCGGUCGCCUGUCCUGUCCCGCCGAGACUCUCCCCUCCAGGGUGGGGCGCAGCCAGGCAACCAGGCCGGACAGAGGAAUGCCAGCAGCAGUGCAGAGCCACGCCUCCUCUGGGACCGGGUGGAGAAGUUGGCCUCCAGGCCGGGCAGUGGCAGCUCCUCUGGGUCCAGUAACUCCCAGGGAGGAUCCGGGGACAGAUUCCGUGUUCGCUCGUCUUCCAAAUCUGAGGGGUCCCCCCUGCAGCGGCCAGAGAGUGCUGGGAAAAAACCAGAGGAGAAGAAGGACUUUGUGAGACCGACGCGGCCAGCAGAUCUCACUGCACUGGCGAAGGAGCUGCGUGCGGUUGAGGAUGUCCGGCCUCCCCACAAGGUGACGGACUACUCUUCCUCUAGCGAAGAGUCGGGGACCACCGACGAGGAGGAUGAAGAUGUGGACCAAGAGGGGGGAGAUGAGUCUACCUCUGGGCCUGAGGACUCCCGGGCUGUGUCCUCGAAGCUGAGUAACGGGGAGUCUGAGUCCCCUCAUGACGAGGCGGAGAGUGACCCCGCCUCCACGCCCUGCAAAGAUGGCACUUUAAUCGUCAGACAGAGUGAGGGCGGGGCAAGGCGUCCUGGCCACGCCCAGCAGGAGAGCAGCGGCUUUGCCGGCCGUGUUCACCAUUUGCCUGAUCUCAUCCAGCAAAGCCACUCUCCCUCUUCCUCCUCCUCCUCGCCCUCCUCCUCCAACACCACCUCCCCUUCAUCCAUCCAGAUGAGCCCCUCCGCGCCCCCCCACACCCCCCUGGACCAGCUCCCUGCCCUCCAGACCCAGUCUGCCAGUAACACUCUGCAGAAACACAAGUCCUCGUCCUCCUUCACCCCCUUCAUCGACCCGCGACUGCUCCAGAUCUCUCCCUCCAGUGGCUCCUCCCUCAACUCUGUGGCAGGUUUUGGGAAUGAGGCCAGGCUGCAGGAGGCCCUGAGGCAGGACCCUUCCAGGAAGGGCUCUGUGGUCAAUGUGAACCCUGUGAACACCAGACCGCAGAGCGACACCCCUGAGAUCCGCAAAUACAAGAAGAGGUUCAACUCUGAGAUACUGUGUGCGGCUCUGUGGGGUGUGAACCUGCUGGUAGGCACGGAGAGCGGGCUGAUGCUGCUGGAUCGCAGCGGCCAGGGGAAGGUCUACCCCCUCAUAAGCCGCCGCCGCUUCCAGCAGAUGGACGUGCUGGAGGGCCUCAAUGUCCUGGUGACUAUAUCAGGUAAGAAGAACAAGCUGAGGGUGUACUACCUGUCCUGGCUGAGAAACAAAAUUCUGCACAAUGACCCAGAGGUGGAGAAGAAGCAGGGCUGGACCACCGUGGGGGACCUGGAGGGCUGUGUGCAUUAUAAAGUUGUGAAAUAUGAGCGAAUCAAGUUCUUAGUUCUGGCUUUGAAGAAUUCAGUGGAAGUCUAUGCAUGGGCCCCAAAGCCAUACCACAAGUUCAUGGCCUUCAAGUCAUUUGGAGACCUGGUGCACAAGCCCCUGCUGGUGGACCUGACGGUGGAAGAGGGCCAGAGGUUAAAGGUCAUCUAUGGCUCCUGUUCAGGGUUUCAUGCUGUGGAUGUGGACUCGGGGGCAGUGUACGACAUCUACCUGCCCACUCAUAUUCAGACGAGUAUUCAGUCUCAUGCCAUAAUCAUCCUGCCGAACGCAGAUGGCAUCGAGCUGCUGGUGUGCUAUGAGGACGAGGGCGUGUACGUCAACACCUAUGGCCGGAUCACCAAAGACGUGGUGCUGCAGUGGGGCGAGAUGCCCACCUCUGUGGCCUACAUCAGGUCCAACCAGAUAAUGGGCUGGGGGGAGAAGGCCAUUGAGAUCCGCUCUGUGGAGACGGGUCACCUGGACGGAGUCUUCAUGCACAAGAGAGCCCAGAGACUGAAGUUCCUGUGCGAGAGGAACGACAAGGUGUUCUUCGCCUCCGUGCGAUCGGGCGGCUCUAGCCAGGUGUACUUCAUGACCCUGGGGCGGAGCUCCCUGCUCAGCUGGUAGGAUAGAGAUGCUGAACGCGCCCCGUUCAACGUUCGGGACGACCAUAACAAAAACUAAAACCCAGCGACCUUUAACCUUAUUGACCUCUCUACACCUUGGGCCACACAUUGAGUCAACAAUUAAAAUUUAUUAAAUUUAUUAAAAUGAAUUAAUAAAUCAAAAAAUGACAACAAAAAGAAAGGCCCUAGUGUUGAUGGGACUGUGGACGUGGAGUGUUACGAUCAUCGCCACAACGAAGAUGUCACCAUGCAGACCAAUGUUAAACAGCAUUUUUUUGUGACCACACCCCUUCACAGAAAAGACCCGUCUUUGCAUCUCAACACAAUUGACGACCCCCCUGCCCCCCUCCUCACCUACACCCACAUGCGGUGUACGGCAGAGGACUGUGUUUAGAGUCACUGGCAGUGCAAGGUGGAGGCGCAGGGUUAGGGUUAUGAAGGACGAGGGCAGAGUUUAGGGGUCAAAGUGUCAUUUGGCAGAUUUCACUUGGGAAGCUUAACUGUAACUGAAUUCUGUUCUUAGAUUGCAUCUGUUUUUAACCCCACCACUCCUCACCCUUUCCUGCUAAUAUCACACAGAUCUGAAUUUCUCUCCGUUUACAUUGUGCCCUGACUACAUACGUGCUUGAAGAGAUACAGCAGAAGGUCUAAAGCUUUUCAUUUCUCUAGAGAGAAAAUGAGUAAGAAGAAAAGGAUACUUCUUUUAGUUGUUUAGUCUUUUUCUUCUUUAGACAUUUGUCACUUUAAUGGACUCCCCAGGGAGGUAAUUCUCCCCCUCCCCCCCAAACCCCCACAUCCCAAAAUGUGGUUACCUCUUUCCCAUGCCCCAAUGCAUGCCUUCAAUUCUUCUGUUCAUACGUGAAAGGACAGGAGAGACUUCCCCCAGACUGUUUAAUAACUAAGAUGAACACUAUUCUGAAGAGACUUUCCCAAUCAGAGAGAUGCUGAUGAUAGAUGGGACCAUUUUGGCCAUCAUGAAGGUGUACAGAGGGAGCUUUUAGAAUAACUCACAGGGGAAUAGGGAGCCUUGGCUCAGAUAGCAGUACCCUGUUUUUAAAACGGAUUAACUCAAAACCAUAUUCUUCCUCAAUGUUCAAACAUUUUUCUUUUUUCUUCUUGGUUCCAUUUAAAUUUACUGAAUGCAAUACACUAAAUACAUCCAAAAAGUGUAAUACCUGCCUCCCACGGUGAUUCUCCGGGCCCUGUCCAUCCCACACAGGCUUACCCCAGCCUGUCCAAUCAGCCGUGCCCAAGAGGAGAACGGGGAGGAGUCAUCCGCUUGGUUUCCUGUUGCCAUUUCAAACGUAUCUGUGAAGAUGAGGCCUUUGUUUGUGAAGCUGAGGCCCUUUGUUUGUGAAGCUGAGGCCCUUUGUUUGUGAAGCUGAGGCCCUUUGUUUGUGAAGCUGAGGCCCUUUGUUUGUGAAGCUGAGGCCCUUUGUUUGUGAUGAGACCUGGACGCUUUUCUGAGUCCCAAGACUGGGGUGCCAUAAACAUUCAGCCUCCUGAAAGGGGCCCAGACCGCUCCUGUUUGUCUAGGUGUUACGUGACCCAGAUCUUUUUGUGUGCGUGUGCGUGUGCGUGUGCGUGUGCGUGUGUGUGUGUGUGUGCAUGUGUGUGCUUGUGUAUACAUAUGUAUACGCGUGUAUAUGCGUAUGUAUGUGUGUGUAUGAAUGUAUGUAUGAUAGUUUUUAUGUGUGCGUGCGUGUACAUAUGUGUGCGCAUGUGCUUGUCAAUGGCAGUUGGUUUCUAAACCCUGGAUUACUGAUCUUGCUCCUGAUGCUGAGCAGAAGCAUCGGUACUUUCGUAAAUUACUUUUUUGCUGUUGAUGAAAGCUGUUGAAAUUUUCAAAUGGAAUACAUUGUUGCUCUCUUUCUCUGCAGUCUGUGAAAAGCCCUUGCUGUGAUUUUUUUUAAAGUGCCAAGAUGGCAUGCAUACAAAUGUAAACAGUAUAGAAAAACCACUACACCGAUGUGAAGAAUGCGUUUUUUUGACGUAUUUUAGCAUCGUUUUUUUUCCAUCUAGGUUUAGUUGAGAAGCUUGAAAGGGUGGUUUCUUUCUGUGAUUUCAUUUAAGCCCAUCAAAUAAUCAUACAACUGCAGCAUUUGAAUCAUAAUGCACACCCUAUAUGAAGCAAGUGUUUACAGAAACAAUGUUUUGUUACACUAACGUGCAUCAUAUUUAUGAAUCAUGUUUUUUGUUACCUCCACUUGUAUUUAGUAUGAUUGAGCUCAUAGCAGUAUCAUCAGCUGCAAGCUGAUGAGGUUUUAAAUUACUGUUGUAAUAACAAAAGAUAGGUUGUUAAUUAAUUGCCAGAUGUCACUCAACGUUGUUGUGAUGUUACAGCAAUGCUCUGUUGCUCUUGCUCUCUGGCACAGUGCGGACCUGGUCACCUGACAUGUUUUCAGCCAUGCUCUAUUAACUUAUGUCCUCUCUGUGCAUCCUGGGAAGUGUAUUUUCCUGAAGGUUGUUUUUUAUUGUUGUUGUUCAUUUUUUUUCUUGAAAUAAACUUAAAGUAAUAUACAGAA